GCUGCGGCUCUGCAGUAACACCGGACCUCCCCAGCCGCAGGUUCGCGGUGUGGUUGCGCAGCGGCGCGCCGCUCCCCCCCGCUGCCCGGCGCGGGCCCUAGAGCGCCUGGUGCCGCCGCGCACUGUCUUCACCCAGCGCCAUGGCCGCGGCUGGCGGGCGGGGAGGCGCCGAGCGCUGCCUGCUCUUCGAUCUGCUUCUUCUGCUGCUGAUCGCGGGUCCCGCUUUGUGCUGGAAUGAUCCUGACAGAAUGCUCUUGCGGGAUGUAAAGGCUCUAACACUGCACUAUGACCGCUACACCACCUCCCGGAGACUAGAUCCAAUUCCACAGUUGAAGUGUGUUGGAGGCACUGCUGGCUGUGAUUCUUACAUCCCUAAAGUCAUACAGUGUCAGAACAAAGGCUGGGAUGGCUAUGAUGUACAGUGGGAAUGUAAGACUGAUUUAGAUGUUGCAUACAAAUUUGGAAAAACAGUAGUGAGCUGUGAAGGCUAUGAGUCCAGUGAAGACCAGUAUGUACUCAGAGGCUCCUGUGGCUUGGAGUAUAACUUAGAUUAUACAGAAAUUGGUCUGAAGAAACUGAAAGAGUCCGGAAAGCACCCUGGCUCUUCUUUCUCUGAUUAUUACUACAAGUGGUAUUCUGCAGAUUCCUGUGGCCUUGGCGGAUUGAUCACGAUUGGGGUGUUACUUACCAUUGCCUUUGUGGUUUAUAAGUUGUUCCUGAGUGACGGGCAGUGUUCUCCUCCACCGUAUUCCGAGUACCCUCCAUAUAAUCAUCAUUCUCAGAGGUUCACCAACUCCGCAGGACCCGCUCCUCCUGGCUUUAAGACUGAGUUUACAGGACCACACAAUACUGGCCGUGGUGCAGCAUCUGGUUUUGGAAGUGCUUUUGCAGGACAACAAGGCUAUGAAAAUUCAGGACCUGGUUUCUGGACUGGCCUGGGAACUGGAGGAAUACUGGGAUAUUUGUUUGGCAGCAAUCGAGCAGCAACACCUUUUUCAGACUCAUGGUACUACCCAUCUUAUCCUCCUUCGUACUCCAGCACGUGGAAUAGUCGUGCUUACUCACCUCUUGGUGGCGGCUCCGGGAGCUAUUCGGCAUGUUCGCAUCCAGAGACAAAAACCAGAACAGCAUCAGGAUAUGGUGGUACUAGAAGACGAUAAAGUAGAAAGUUGAAGGUCAAACACUGGAUGCAGAAUUUCUGGUUUUUCAUUACUUUCUCUUUUAAAAAAAAGUGCUACCUGCUAACAAUCUGGGAAAAGGGAAUAUCCCAAAGUUCUGUGGCCUUUUGUCCUGUAGAGCUUUUUGUGUGCUGUUAUCUGUGGCUAAGAGUGAUAUAUGUGACAAAGUGCUUAUGUCCUGUGUGGUAGUGCAACAUGUAGGUGUAUACUGCAGUUGUCAAAAGCAGUGAUUACUGUGGAAUGCUGGAAAUGUACUGUUUCUAAGCCCUGUGAUGCUACAGCAAGCAUUGAGCAUGAAAGCACUGUGCUGAUAGGAACAGAGACAGAGAAUAAGCUUAGCUGGUUUUACCUCAGAGAAAUGAUAUUCUGUUUUAUUUGGUAUUUGCUGUUCUUUGAACAUUUAAACCAAGCUUUAGACUACUAAUUAUGUAUGCUAAUUUAUAGGCUUGGAUCACUUUUGUGAUCCUGAGCUUUGAGUCCUGAGGUGUGGUGAGCUUCUGAUAAGUGAGUAUUACCUUUUAUAGGAAAAGGUAGAAAAUAAACAUAUGAAGCUUGUUCUGAAUGAUUGUGUGCUGACAAAAAUGCUUGAAAUCCCCCAUAUUCCAAUUCCCAGAGGUAAAAUACUAAUGCUUUCACAAAGGUCUUUUCAUAGUAAAAGCAUGCAGUUCUCUGUGGACCCUCAAAUGUUGUUGUAAUAGUCUGUUUCAAUCUUACAUUAAAAUGACAGAAUAAAUAAAAA